AUCGGAAGGAGCGGAUUGUCGCCAGCGGCCGCGGCGCUCAAAUCUCGGGGCGCGAGCGCCGAGCUUCUCGGCUGCGCUCCUGUCUCGACGAGGCCCUCGUGCGUUUUUUCUCAAGACGUCGGGAGCUGUGCCGAGUGUCCGAAGAUUGUUCUUGUGAAGUGCUGACAAUACGGAGUGCGAGUGGGGCGAGCUGGAGCUGAAGUGAAGGGUCGGAAAACUUGAUUCCUCCCGCUCGAAGUUCCAGACUGUCAUCGUGAUUGCACGUAGAGGGGGAGCGUCUUCAGUGACGGAGGGUGCGCUCGCACUACCUGUGGUUCAAGGCGCUUCGGCGCAUCCAGGACUCGUGGUCGUCCGAGCCGACCGGCGGCGGUCCGUGCCAUGGCGUGCAGCCGCUGGGCACCGUGUCGCUGUCGGUGAGCAACCGGGACGGCCGCCGCGCGCCCAUGUCCAUCGUGGGCUGCAAUGGCUCGUCCAGCGUCCAGCCGGCCGACCAGGAGCUGCUGCAGUUCCCCGACGGGCAGACGGCCAAGCUGUGGCGCACGGGAAACCCGAAGGCCAACUCGGUCAUCAUCUCGGUGUCGCCGGCGCGGUCGGAGUCCAACGGCUCCUUCCACGACAGCACCAGCACUGCUGUAGCGGUGCCCACGCCGUCCGGCUUUAGGUCUGCCGCGGGAUCUUUCGACGAUGGCGGCGACAACAACAACGUCGCCGACGGGACGGCCGCGCCCCCUCGCGACGGGGGCCCGCCCGGUCCGGGAGCGGGCGCAGGUGGUCGCACCGACGGCGGAACCGGCGCGGGCAUGCAGCAGCACUUCAAGAAGGGCUUCCGGUUCGGCGGCUUCACCUUCCCGCGGCUGACCAACAGCUUCCGCGACGACCGGCUCGAGCUCGCCUACCAGCGUUACUCGCACCGACAGCGGCGGCGAGCGCUGCUCAUCGUCAACCUGAUCGACGUGUUCCUCAAGCUCGCCCUCCUGCUGGCCUUCUUCGCCGGCGGGUGGGGCAACGAUCCGGAGAUCACUCACUGCGCCCUGCUACGCUACCUGCCGUGGGUGUUGGUCAACGUGCUCCUCAGCCUGCUCACGUGCUGGAGGUUUUUCGCCAACAACUACCUCCACUGGGGCGCCGCUCUCAUCUGGAUCGCUCUCAACGCUCAAGGUGAGCCUUGA